AUGGCAAAUCGCCUUCUUCUCCUCUCAACAGCCGCCAUAGCAGCUGCCUCCAGCAUACCGCAGGUGCAAAACAAGGCCUUGACGCUGGGUUUCUAUGGCACACCCGAAGUUCGCCAACCAAUCGAGCUUGAUGUUGAAGGCGAGAUUCCAUCCUGGAUAACAGGCUCGCUCUACCGUGGAGCAGCAGGGACUUGGGACAUCAGAAACUUUUCUGCCGAGCACUGGUUCGAUGGCUUCAGCAGGAACCAUCGUUUCGAGAUCGCAGAAGGGAAAGUAAGCUAUCGCAGUCGCAACGGGAGCGAUGAGUAUAUCGAUUUUGUUGAGGAAUAUGGGCGGAUACCAGGCGGCAGCUUCGCACAGGAUCCCUGCAAGGUCAUGUUUGGGGCCUUUGAAGUGACAUUCCGAGACGGUAUCAAUCCUCGUGGAAAUACCUCGGCGGCUAAUGUUGGUGUCACUUGGAUACCCAAUUACGCAGACCUGGCAUCAAAUGAGACCCAGGAUAGUCCUUUGAAGUCCCUCGUCAUGACAACAGAAUCAAACACUCUCCAGCAAAUCAAUCCAGAAAGCCUGGAGCCAAUCGAGCUUUUCACCUAUCAGGCAUCCAGUCUCGAAUUAAACAACACUGGACGUAGCGCUGCUCAUGCUGCCCGAGACUUCGAUGGCACAGUAUACAACUACGUUCUGGACGUGGCCAAGCAGGAGUACAAGGUCUUUGGCAUAAAUCCUCGUGGCGAGACUGAGAUCCUGGCACGAGUGACAGAUGCUCCAGCUGCGUACAUCCAUACGCUGUUCGGCACUGAGAACCACCUCAUCUUGAUCGUCUGGCAGGCCGAGUACGACAGACAGAAGUUCCAACAGCAGAGGAACAUUCUGAAGUCUUUGAAGCCGUUCAACCAGACCCAAGACGCCCUGUUCUAUGUCAUUGACAAGAAAGGAGCUGGCGUGAUUGCGAAGUACACCUCGGAUGCAUUCUUCGCUUUCCAUGAGAUCAACUCGUUCGAAGAGAAUGGCUCGGUGUACAUCGACCUGCCGCAUAUGCCAAACUAUGACUUCCUCUGGGGCUCAACCAUGGAGAACUUGCGCGCGAACGUUGGUCGACGUAACGCCUCUGCCACUCAUGACAUCCCUGGGAUGUUCAGGCGGUACAAGCUGCCAGGCAUUAAUAACAGUACCCAAUCCGCGAAUGGCACCGUCGUUCCUCGACGUGCAGAAGUCGACUUUGAUCUUGACUUUGCCAAGGCCAACAUCGAGCUUCCGCAGAUCCAUCCAGAUUAUCGCGGCAAGCCAUAUCGAUUUGCGUAUGGGAUCCACGUCGAGAAGAGAGGGUACUUUGCGGAUUCUGUUGUCAAGGUCGACACUCAAGAUCGCACUUUGAAGACGUGGGUGCCAAAGGUCGACGCGCUGCCCUCCGAACCAGUCUUCAUUCCCAGCCCAGGGGCACAGGCUGAAGAUGACGGCGUGCUGUUGACAGUGUCGAUGGAUUCUCGUGAGCGUCGAAGUUCACUGGUGUUCAUUGACGCCAAGGAUAUGAAAGAGAUUGCCAGAGCGAGAAUGCCAAUCGUCAUGGGAUACGGUUUUCACGGGGCGUGGGCUGGUGUCGAUGGGGUUCGCGUUCCUCAAGUUGCAUAG